UCGCCCAUCUCCAUUGGGACGCUGCUUGGUUCUACUGCGCAUGUGCGACAGAGGAGCCAAUCGUAAGCAGGGAUAAACUUUGCGGCAUCUCUGCGCCAAUCGGACAGAGGCCUUAUUUUCGUUUCUCCGGCCUCAACUCCGCCCCUUGCUCCCGAGCGCCUCCUCAGGAAUUCACCUUUCGCCUCAAAGCGUUUCUCUGGUAACCUCCACUUGUCUCCAUCAGCCAUGGAAAAGCCGCCCAGUCUUCUAGAAAAGGCAAAAGAUGCCGUUUAGGUUGUCCUUCAGGGUAAAAGCUGGACCACGAAACCCAGGCGCCCCCUAACUUCGAGUCUUUUUACUCUGUUUCCCAGAGUGCUCAGCGGGACCUCUAAGAACAAGGAAGCGAAGGGCAGGCGGCCGCACAGCCCCCUGGGAAGCGGAGUCCUGGCGCAGGCGCGGAGACUCCCGGGGGCGUGGCGGAGGCUCCUGGGAGGAGAUUCGCGCGCUCUCGCCAGUGGCUGCGCGGAGGCGCCUGUGAGCGGUUUUGGGUGAUCGGCUCCCUCGGGGCGGGGUCGCGCCUGUUAAUCCGGCGGACGACGGCCCGGAGGAAUCUUGGCCUUUCUACCUCUGGACACUUUGGAGGCUCAUCCAGCAUGGCCAGGGAGUCCGCUCUACGAGGAGGAGAGGCUUUUCCCCAGCUCUCUUCUCCUUCUUGCAGCCCUGCUGGCCGGAAGCGUGGCGGGGAAGGAGGGGGAGCUUAAGCCAAGACUCCAGCCCCCGCCCCCCAGUUGGCUAUGACUGAGGAACUUGUGACCCUAAAGGACGUGGCCAUGGACUUCACCUUGGAGGACUGGGAGCAGCUGGGACUGGAUCAGGGGCACCUGUUCUGGGACACGGCACUGGACAACUACCAGAAUCUCUUCCUGCUGAACCCCACCAGGCCCAGUCUCAUGGCCCACCCGGAUGGUGGGGAUGAGCUGGAGGCUCAGCAGAGAGGAAGCCUGGAAGCCACGGGCCCAGAUGCAGCUGAGGCCAAGACCUCCCUGCCACAGGACUUUUUGGAAGAAGGACUCUCCCUGGAGAUUGUGGAGACAUUUUCCACGGAUGGCCUCAUGAACCCCAGUCUGGGGGAAGCCAGCAUGGGCGAGAGCUGGUUAAACAGUUUCCUAGAAGAUCCAGAAAGUGUUCUGCACUUUGACGUUGUCACCAACAAGGAAAGCCCCACGGAACGCAAGAGUCACAAAUUCCAGAGAGCCCCGAGUCCUGAGUCCCUCCUUUUCACAGGCGAGGACUUCAUGCUGCACGGUCUCCCUGAUGAGAGCCCCGCACCGGCCCGGUCUCAGGGAUGUAGCAGUGACUUUGGCCACUGCUCAGAUCAGGCCCGGCAGGAGGCGGCCCAGCCGUCCCGCGGGGAGAAACCCUAUAAAUGUAGUGAGUGCGGGGUGAGCUUCGGCCACAGUUACCAUCUCAUCCAGCACUGGGUCUCUCACACUCGGGAGGGCCCCGCCCUGCGCCAGGAGUGCCAGGAUGGUCUCAGCCAGAGUCCCUGCCUCUCCGUGCCCGGGGCUCACGUGGGCUUCAGAGCCUGUGUGUCUAGCCGACGUGGGCAGGACCCCGGUCAGGGUACACAACUGAGGCCAGAGAAAGCUCACUCUGGAGAAACACCCCCGAAGAGCAGCCGCAGUGAGCACGCCUCAGGGCACAGCCCGCUGCCUGCAGAGCCCCAGAAAACGCAGCCAGGCCGGACCUACCAGUGUGGCGAGUGCGGGAAGAGUUUCGGCCGGGCCUUUCGUCUCAGGCAGCACCAGAAGACCCACACUCGGCCACGCUAUGCGUGUGCCAAGUGCAAGGCCACGUUCGGCUUCCGUAAGCACCUCCUCCUGCACCAGAAGACCCACGCUGCGCAGGCCACCUCUGGGCGCCGGGAUUUGGGAACGGCCUCGGGGCGGGGCUUGUCGCGCGGCACGGACCCGUCGGCGCCAGGGAAGCCUCAUAAGUGUGCCGAGUGUGGGAAAACCUUCCGCCACGCCUCAACUCUGAAGAUCCACCAGAGGGUUCACAGCAGGGAGAAGCCCUACCGGUGCGGCGAGUGCGGGAAGGCCUUCUUCCGGGUCACACACCUCAACGAGCACCGGAGGAUCCACACGGGCUACCGGCCCCACCAGUGUCACAGGUGCGUCAAGAGCUUCAGCCGGCCCUCCCACCUGAUGCGACACCAGUCCACCCACGCCGCGGAGGGGCCCUACGGCUGCCCCAGGUGCAAGGAGACCUUCAGCCGCAGCGAGCACCUGGCUCAGCACCAGAAGAUCCACGCUGUGGAGACCCCCUAUGAGUGCCAGGAGUGUGGGGAGCGCUUCAUCUGCCGCUCGACCCUGACCUGCCACCAGAGCCUUCACACCAGAGAGAAACAAGGAAGUGAUGAGGGCGGGGGUGUCUCGAGUCAGACCCCAGAACAGAGGGAGCACCCAAGGAUCGAUGAAAAGCGCUUUAAGUGCAAGAAAUGCGAGAAAACCUUCACCUGCCAAAAAUACCUCACUCAACACGAGAGGAUUCAUGCCAGGGUGAAGCCCUUCAAGUGUCAUCAGUGCGGGAAAGCCUUUGGGCAGAGCGCACAGCUCGUUGGCCACCAGAGGACCCACUCCAGGCUUAGGCCGCACGCGUGUGGGGCCUGCGGGAAAGCCUUCGUGCGCAGCACCGCCCUCGCCAAGCAUCAGGCUGUCCACACCGGCGAGCGCCCCUUGAAGUGCGGCGAGUGCGGACAGACCUUCAGGCAAAGCGCCCUCCUGUUGGAGCAUCAGGUAGUUCACACCACAGAGAAACCCGUUAAGUGCAGUGAGUGCGACAAGGUCUUUGCCCACAGCCACUACCUCAUUCAGCACCAGAAGAAUCAUGCUGCAAAGACUUGUGAAUGUCAAGAAUGCGGGAAAACAUUCCAGCGGAACUCGUGCCUUGCUAAGCAUCAGAGAAUUCACACGGGUGAGAAGCCCCACGUGUGUGGCGACUGUGGAAAAACCUUCAGUCUAGGCACCCAGCUCACCCGGCACCAGCGGGUCCACACCAGAGUCAAGCCUUACGUCUGUCAGGAAUGCGGAAAGGCCUUCAGUCAGAGCUCAUGCCUUGCUGUCCACCUGAGAAUCCACACUGGGGAGAAGCCCUACCUGUGUGCCGAGUGUGGGAAAGCCUUUACCCAGAAGGCAAAUCUGACACAGCACGAGAGGAUGCACACUGGGGAGAGGCCUUACGUCUGCGACGUGUGUGGCAGAGCCUUCAGCCUCAGCGCCCAUCUCAUUCAGCACCGGAGGAUCCAUACCCAGGAGAAGCCGUACCGGUGCCAGCACUGCCAGAAGGCCUUCCGGAGCUGCUCUGGUCUCAGCCGACACCAACGGGUCCACACUCAAAAGUAGGCCUCUGGGCCCUGCCUGUGGCUGCCAGGGGGCGGGGGGGAAUCUCAGACACCGGAGGAAGUAGUCAGCUAAGGCCGGAAGUUGAGAUCAUUACAUGGCAAGCUUCCCCUCCCUGAACAGGUGUAUCUGUACUAAUAAAGGUUGAUGACAGGUUUCACAGUUUCGUCAGGACAACGGGAACAGAGUGGCGAGGAUCUAGUGGGUCGGACUGCAGAGGUAGAGACGCUAGUGUCUGCUGAGCUAAAUCCUAACUAAAUCUGCUCCCUAGACGGCCUGGGAAAGAGUCGCAGAUCCCCUGAGCCUCGGUGUCCUCAUCUGUAAAAUGGGCGUGCUAACACUUCACCUACCUCAGGGCUGUUUGAUGAUGUCAUGCAGAAACGUAAGGUGCUGAGGAUGAGCACCCAGUGCACAGCACUCCGCAAGGGUGGCUGCAGGUAGCGUUGGGUGUGACAGAAAUGGCCUUGCAGUUUGAAGGGAAGAAGUAGCUCCUGUCUCGACUUUCUGUGGUUAAUGUUCUUAUUAAUGUUCGCUGCAGCUUCUGACGUUUUUCUCCAAAAUGCCCUUUGCUUAAUUCAGUUCCAAUUUCUUUUUAUGUUGAGCCUUUUCUUCCUUCCCUCCAUCUCUUCUACUUUUUUGCUUCAUUAACCCUCAGAAAGCCAAGGAAAGCUUUUAAACUAAUGUCAAAUGGCUAGAAUUUUCUAUUCCAAAACCUCUCACUCGGAAGGAACCCCUUCCACAUUCACAUGCCCCCUCUUAAAUCUCCCCCCUCAAGUUGUCAUGCAGCGCGGGACUGGGUUUGAUGAUGGAUGAGUCUGGAGUCAGUUGGGGGCGCCUCAGUUAACACAGUCCGCAGAGGCACUCGCUGGCACAGUUCGUGACGUGGAAACUUGCUGGGAUGUUCCUCCUCGUUUAACUAAUCUGGCCGCUUGCUGGGGCUUUGCUAGAUCCCAGGGCUGGGAAUACAAUCCUGCCUCUGCCUUGAAGUUUCUCUCACUGAAGGGAAAUCAGUGACCCCAUUUUCAGAGGAUCCAUGUCCGUGCACUAAUAACAUCUUGGAGUAGCACACUGCUCACAUCACAGCAAGUUCUAGGACCCCAUGUGGAAACCCUGUUACUGGAGCCCUGGGACCCACCACUCACCUUGGCCAUGCUGAGUCACCUCAAGAACCCCGAGAGCAGCUCCCCCUCAAUGGCGCCUCCUCACUCAGGUUCCUGCGUCCUCUCCGCCCAGGGAGCUGGUCACGCUGCUGGAACACAGACCUUGUGAAGACGCAGACACUGACACCUGGACUGCUUCCUGACUUUGGUGCUGAAGAUGUUUUAGGGGCAUGUACCCCGGCUUUGUCAGCCUCACACCUGCUUAGUUUUGUUGAAACUGGGAACAUAUUGGGCUCACAGUAGGGUGCCAGCUAGUUGUGCAGUGACCCAACAUUUAACCGCCCGCCCGUCGGGUGACUGACCUGCUGUGUGGCAAGUGGGGUGGGAUCAGGCAGAGGAGGGGCUCAAUUUGAUAAGUCUAUGUUCAGUAUGUUUUGAUACCCUAAAAUAGAGGUGAAGGCUGGUGGGAAAUUGACAGCCAGGGGCAGAGGUGGGAGACAGAGGUCUGUUGUUUGUGCCUUACGUCGCUGUGGGUUGGUGUAGAGCUGCCCUCCGUGUCUACAAUGAAGAAAUGCUCUUGUACGCGUGUUUGUUCUCUGAUUAAAGUUUUGAAUCUAAAAACAGGUUGCUUCUUU